AUUAUCCUACUCGCCAUGUUCAGCGCAACUUUUUCUCUUGUCCCCACCUCUCCCAGUUUCCACUUUCAUUCAUUAUAGUGGCAUAGCACUCGGUAACUUCCGACAUUUUCCGCAUCGGGCAUAAGCAAACGGCACAAUGGCGGAUGUAGGGAAAACGUUUCUUUUGGAGCUGCUCAAAGAAAAUGGAAACAGUGAAUGUGCAGAUUGUGGAUGUAAAGAUCCUGAGUGGGCAUCAUGUACAUUAGGUAUUUUCCUUUGUCAAGACUGUGCUGGAAUACAUCGCAGCCUUUCAACUGGUGUCAGUCGAAUAAAAUCUAUACAUUUGGACAGAUGGGAAAACGAACAGCUUCAGCUGAUGAAAAAAAUUGGUAAUGUGAAAGCAAAACAAGUUUAUGAAAAAUAUGUUCCACCCUUUUACAAAAAGCCCAAAGUAACAGAUCCUGGUGUACUGAAAACAGAGUGGAUCUAUGCUAAAUACAAACGCUUUGAAUUCGAUGAUCCUCAACACCAAAAUGAAUAUUUGAAGGAAACAAAAGAAGGUAUUUUGAUGAAAAGAGGAAAAGAAAAUCAAAAGUUUAAGCCAAGACGAUUUUUGCUCUCUCGAUCUGAAAAUCUUUUAAAAUAUUUUAAUAAGGAGAACGCAAGCAGACCUAAAGCUGAAAUUAAUUUGGAUAGUUUGAAUGCUGUGUUUGUGCCUGAAAAGAUUGGACAAUUAAAUGGUCUUCAAAUUACAUAUACCGACCGUGGAUCAACCCGAUGUAUCUAUGUUUACCACCAAGACAGCAAGGAAAUUGUAGAUUGGUACCAGUCAAUAAGGGCAUUGAAAUUAGAACGACGUAAGAUUGCCUUUCCUGACAAAAAUGUAUCUGAGUUGUGUGAGGAUUUAACAAGAAGUUUCAGUAAAGAAGGAUGGCUCAGUAAGAAAGGACCCAGAGAUGAACCAUUCAGAAAACGGUGGUUUACAUUUGAUCGUAGAAAAUUGAUGUAUUUUGAAGAACCUUUGAAUGCAUUUGCUAAAGGAGAAAUAUUUAUUGGCCAUAAAGACAAUUGCUAUUCCAUUGUGGAAGGAAUACCUGCUGAUGGUCGAACUGCACCUGGUUAUGGUUUUACACUUCACACACCUGACAGAGACUUUUAUUUGAGUGCUGACUCUAAAGCUGAAAUGGAAGAGUGGAUACAUGAAUUGACUAAAGUUACCUUGACCCCGUUAACACCCCAAGAUAAUAAAAUUGCUGCCUCGAUGGUCAACAAAAGGCCUACAACUAUUUACCAAAUGAUGAAAAGAUGAAAUUGAAAUGUCUAGGAAAUGCCAAACAUUUUCCUGCACCAAAAUCUUCAAAACAAUCUGCCUUGCUAUUGAUUUUGAGAGGACUGACUAAAUUACUGCUGCUACUACUACUACUACUACUACUACUACUACUACUAUUCCAAAAUAUUGAUCAUCUUCGUUGUUGUCAUUGUCACUGUCAUCAUAUUGUACCAGAAAUAUCAGAGCAUAGUUUUGGAGGAAUGAUACUUCUUAUUCAUCUUGGUAUCACUUAGAUUAAAUAUGGAGCCUUAUUGUUAACCAUUUCAGGCACCUAAAAGGGCUCAUCUGAUUAUAAAAUUUAAAAUCAAAAUAAUACAACAGCAACAAGACUUAAAAUGAUAAUAAAUAAUUGUUGCAUUCUUCAAAAUAUAUUCCUUCCUUGAAACUGAACAUAUUUAAUAUCAUAUGAAACGUUGAGCCAGAAUAUAAAUAGGCAAUCAUAUACAUACAUAUAUAUUUAUACUUAAUUUCUGUAGUCAAUCUCUGUUACAAUAUCUUUAAAUUGUUCCAAUUGUAUUGUUUCUGGUUGGUUUUUCUUGCUGAUCUAAAAUUAUUGGUUCCAAAGAAGUCAUUCUCAUAUCUGUUUUCUUCCCCUUUGGUAGUUAUUUGGUUUGUCUCCUCUUCAAACUUUAGCAAUAAAAGUAAAGAUUAUUUUUUAAUUAAUAACAUUUACAGUGCACUCUUGAUUGACUUUAGUGUUUUAGAAACUGGUAUGUUUCUAAUAAGACUGACUGGAAACUGUUGCUUAUUGUUGCUCUAGUUGGAGCCAAAGUGAGAGUUGUUGGAAGGUAUCAUCUUGUGAUAUUUUUAAUUUGGACUAUUACAUUCCUAAUUUUUCUUUUUAAUGAAAAUGUUUUACUAUUGUAGCAACUGUAAAAUCUUUAUUUUUUAAACAGAUGUGUAUUUUAUUUACAUGUUUCAACAAGCCUUUUAAAAUGUCAACUUAUCCAUUAUUCAUUAGUAAUCUUUGUUCAUCUUGUAUAUAUUGUUCAUCUGAUAACACUGAAGAAAUAGCCAUUUGUUCUAUGGAUGUGAACAUUGUCAUAAAUCUAGGUUGUUAUAACUUGCCCUAUUAGACCUCUUUCAUAUACUAAGCCUUACAUUGCAAGAGUUGUGAACCAGUAUUAAACAAAUUAAAUAUCCCUACAAAUGUUAAAUUUGUAUUCAGACAUACUGUUUAGUUUUGGAUGCUAUGUUGUGACUAUGGGCUGAAGAGUUAGUGAGUAGCCAUGGUUUAUAUUGAAUGUUGUUUGGUAAAGAUACAAAUAAAAUUAACCUCUUGAAUAUUCUGAGUAAAGCUUGAUUGACAGUUUUGUAUAACGUAAAGUAUUUAGAAUAUAUUUUCUUAAACUGGAAUCCAUUAUUUUUUUUAAUAGGACAAUUUCUGAAAAUAAAUGAAAUAUUGUCAAAUAUUGGAUAUUAUAUAAUUUUUGUUGAAUAUUAAUAUCAAAAUUAAUCCAAUUAGAAAUUAUAAAUAACUGCAAAAAGAAAAGUGAAAUCCUUUUUGUAUCUGAAUGCCUUGUUGUAUGUAAAUUGGUAUCUUCAAAUCUAUUGAGCUGAAAUAAUGUAAGGUCAGUUUGGUAAGUUACAAUAUAUUAAAGUAACAUACAUCUACAGUCAAUGUUGUGAUUACUUAUUUACAAUUGACCAAUUUACUCUUCUUUAUUACUAUAAAUGACAGACAAUCAGAUUGAGAAAAAUGACUUAAAUAUUUCUGACUUCAGAAAGGUAAAAACUCUGUGCAAAUCAACUUUAACUGUGGUUUUUAAGCCAAGAUUAAUAUGAAUCUUAAUGCCACUAUAAAACACUAUAGAUUUAUUCUUUCAUUUAGAUAAUGCUUUUAUGAAAAAGAAUUGACAUAUAUAUCUUUUUGAAUCAAAACUUAAGAUUUUCUUCUCUAUUUGAUCCCGAGUGUAAAUUUUUAUUGAAAGAAAGUGUCUUUCAUAUCUAUCAACUUAAUAUGCUUAUGUACUAAUUAUGACAUACUUGAAAUUUGUAUGUAAGUAUAUAAAAAUAUAAUGGGCAAGAAGAUAAAAAAUAAUCCCUUUCAAAAUUUAAAUAUGAUUUUAAUAAAUUAGAUUAAUUUAUUUUUGAGAAGCUGUCUGUUAAUAAGUUGAUAAAUUUUGACAAAUAUUAUCCUCUACUUUUUACCAAUAUGAGCACCACUUGGCUGAAAUUGACAGCUGAUUUAUUUAUAUUAAAAUCUUAAAAAUUAAUACUGUUCUUGUUAAUGGAAUGCCAUUCUACAAUUAUACUGUUUCAGUACUUGAGUAUCUAAUAGAUUUAUUUUAAAACAUAGAUCGUGGAUUAUAAAUAUUUGAGUAAAACACCAAGAAAUGGCUUAUGGAAGUUUUUUUUUUUUUUCCCAUUUCAUUUGUCCAAUUUACAAAUGGUUUAAUAUACAAAAGAUUACUGUAGUAAAUUUAUAUUUUUACAGCUUGAUGGUUCAGCUAUGUCAGCUCCAUUAUUAUCAGAAAAUAUUUGAAAUUGUUUUGUUUUUAUUUAUUUCUAGUUAAUCUGUUUCAUAAAAUAUUUUGAUAACUAAAGAUCAAAUAUACUUUUUUUUCUAACUAGGGUAUUUUCUCUAGUGAAAAUUCAGUAAAAGAAUAAUUUCGUGUUUCCUUUGCAUAUCAUGUCAAAGAAGCAAGUUAUUUGCUGAGUAUUUUAUUAGUGAUCAUACCUAAUUCUUAGAUAAAUCUAUUUGAUGAAAAUUAUAAUUACAUUGGUGUAUUAUUUAAUCCUGUCUUAAGAUUUCAGAUUUUCUUUAAUUAAUAUUUUGAUUUUUAUAUGGCAGACUCAAAUGAAAGAUUUUUUUUUUUAUAUUUCUUUUCAUUCCAGAACUUCACCAGUAUGUAUUAACUUGCAAACUAUUGACUAAAUAAAAUCAUAUUCUGAACAUUA